GUGAUGCUCAGAACGAGCAGCCAUUAUUGACUUCACAAAUAAUUAAUUUCAGAAAGAAGGUCUUGUAAUAUCGGUCAAGGUUUACUGUUUUCAUUAACAUUUGGCUCAUAUCACAAUACAUUUUGUUUUAUUUAUUUAUUAUUGGGUAGCAGAGCCUACAUGGAUUUAUACGGAAAGAUGUCUGCCACUCAGGGGACCACUCAAGGGAAGGAGGGCGGGGACCAGAACUUUGAUUACAUGUUCAAGCUGCUGAUCAUUGGGAACAGCAGCGUGGGUAAAACCUCCUUCCUUUUCCGCUACGCUGACGACGCCUUCACCUCAGCCUUCGUCAGCACUGUGGGCAUCGACUUCAAAGUCAAGACUGUCUACAAGAAUGACAAGAGGAUCAAAUUGCAGAUCUGGGACACGGCGGGGCAGGAGCGGUACCGGACCAUCACCACUGCUUACUACCGCGGAGCCAUGGGCUUCAUCCUUAUGUAUGACAUCACAAACCAGGAGUCCUUCCAUUGUGUGCAGGACUGGUCGACCCAGAUUAAGACCUAUUCGUGGGACAACGCCCAGGUGGUGUUGGCUGGGAACAAAUGUGACAUGCAGGAGGAGAGGGUGGUGGCUGUAGACAGUGGGAGACAACUGGCAGAACAACUGGGUUUUGAGUUCUUUGAGACAAGUGCCAAGGACAACAUCAACGUCAAGCAGACCUUCGAGCGCCUCGUUGACAUCAUCUGUGACAGGAUGUCCGAAAGCCUGGACACUGACACCACCGUUACCAUGGGAACACCCAGCGCCAAACUGACAGACAGCGCCCCGCCCCUCCAGCAGCCCGCCUGCAACUGUUAGUGGCUCCUCCCAGUUACUGUGUCGCCAAGAUACCCAAUCCCUUAGAUGUAGUCUGCAUCCCAAAUUACAUCCUAUUACCUAUUUCAGAGUUUCUUAAACUAUGGGUUGGGACGCAAAAUGGGGCCUGGGCAUGUGAGAGGUGAGUCGCAUUAUAAAAUACAUCUAUAAUCACACACAAUUUCUUCUUAAUAUGAGUCGUUGGAAGAUGAUUUGGUUCACGGGAUGAUGGUACAUUUUUUUAUUUGGGUCUCGAGCUGAAAAAGUUUAAGAACCCCUGCCUUAUAUAAUGCACUACUUGAGCAGGACCCACAUAGUGCUCUUGUCAAAAGUAGUUCACUAUGUAUGGAAUAGGGUGCUAUUUUGGAUACAGAAAGUCUUAAAGGUACAAUGCUGAUAUUUUUUAAAUCUUAAUAUCAUAUAAUUUCUGAGUAACAAUAAAAUACCUUAUUGUUAUUGUUUUCAAUUAAAAUGGUAAAAAUAAACAAAAAUUGCUUCUUAGCAAAGAGCAAUUUCUCAAGCAAGAAAAAUUUCAGGCGGCCUUUUCAAACUGCUCUUACACUAAAAGGGCAUUAUCAUAAUUUACACAGUCACAGUAUUAUUCCAACCUCCUAGUAUGGAAAUAUAUAUAAAACACAGGAAAUCACAUUAUUUACUGUACUGGGCCUUUAAAGCAGGGGUGCACAACUAAAGUCCUGGAUGGCUGCUGUGAAGGCUGACUUUCCUCCUUGCCCUUUAGUCAGAGAUUGACCAUUGUAGCUGCUGUAGGUGCAUUGUCUGGCCAAUCAGUGACAGUAGUUGAUCAAUUAAGUGCCAGGAUGGAAGGAAAACCAGCAGGACUUCAUCCCUAGUGGACUGGAGUUGUUCACACUUGUCUUUCUGUAUCCUGCACUGUAACAGAAAACUGUAAUUUAUUCAGUCAUUUUGAGUAUUAGUAAAAUACUCUGAAACUUUUUACUACAACAUACUGUAUAUUAUGGUACAUUGUGGGAAAACGUUUUGGUGGGAGAAGUCAUUGCUUUGUUUCGAAUGGUACUGUAAUUCCACCCCACAGAAUACAGCACCAUACCGUAUCUUUUGAGGGCCAAAAACCUUUUGACCACUAAUGGGUGCAUGGUAUUGUUGUGCAUCUCAAAAAUGAUAUUUUUGUUUUUGUUUCGCUGUUGAAUCAGUCCCUAAAUGUUCUGCAUGUCAGCAUUCAAGUUUUCAAGAUAUUGAAAACGCAUCAUACUGUGACACUUUCGGUAUUUUGAAAGUUCUUUAUCUUGAAAACUUGAUUGCUGACAUGCAAAAAAAUAAGGGACUGUAUCAUCGGUGGACUAAUGAAAAACAUACAUAAAGGUAAUAUUCCCUUUAACAUAUUUUGAGGCUUGCACCUGCAUGUGAGAAUGCUGUACCAAUUUGACUGCUAUGUGGUGAUAGGGACCCAUUCAUUCAUAAUGUAUAGUGGACAGAUUAGAGUGGCAGCAAGUCAAACCUUAAGUGGUUGAGCAUGUUGCCAGGUCCUUUUGGUCUGUUUUGUAGUCGCUGUCCGUUUGGAAACUUUGGUUAAGGCCUCUAGAUGGGCAAGUGAUACAAAACACCAAAUAUUAAUAAAUAUGAUAUAAUGUGUAAACACUUUACAUAGCAGCCAACUUGCUUGCACCACUCCCUUGUAAUUACAGUAAAAUACUGUAAAGUACAAACCCCUCCCCUCAAUGAAUUUCAUUAAUCCAUUCAUUCAUUCUGAUUACGGUAGAAUUAACUUUUUUGUAGUAUAAUAGGGUACAUUUUACGGUAUUGUACUGUAUGCGUCAUUACCAAGUACUUGCAUUGAUACCAUAUUUAUAUAAUAGUAGGUGUACUGUAAUAUGAAAUACAGAAUUAGACUUGCCACUGAGCUGCCUGUAAGUUACCGUCAAAUUCACAGCAACUCCUUUACAGUGUGGUGUGUUAUCCGACCGCUUUUUUUCAUUGAACAUCAAUGGCAAUCAACUAGCCUUGGUGCCAGUUUGUUUCUGCUCUCUUGCCAACUCUUUAUGGAAUUGUGGAGUUGGCAAGAGCACAGAUCAGUGACCAGGCUAGCAAUCAAAGUAUGUCCCUCUCCAUAGCUGUGUUGAGGAACAUAUACAGACUUCACACCUUUACCUGGAAACACAGAGGGUCAAUAUAAGUCUGAGUCGAUGUCGGCCUAUUAUAGUGUGGCUGAUAAUAGGACAUUACAAACAGACAUUAUUCUCUUUAUCUUACCAUACAAUAUUCACAAAAAUGAUGCUUGUAAAGGCUUUUAGAAUUCAAUGUGUGGUCAAUGCACGUACUGCACAGUAGCUUUCCAGCUGGCUUCAAAGACUUGUUAUCAAUUGUAAUUCUGUGAGGGGAACCCAUAGCUGUCACUGUUUUUACUGUCCAUCGUAAAACCUGCCGGACACAGAGUUAUAAUCAGUGCUUUUAUUUAUUUAUCCUUCUAUUUAUGUAUGUAUUUUAUUUUGUAUGUGUUGUUGUUACAUAGUCUUCUGCCACAGCCAAACUAUAUCAUUAAGUGUACUGUAUACAAACUGGUAGGUAGUAGUGAUUUCUGUUUGCAGUUUGUGUGUGCGUGCGUGACCGUGUGCCUGUGUGUUUUAGGAAAAAUGAAUGAGUGUGGCUGUGUGAGUACUUUCAAUCAUCUAUCUUGGAUAAAAACAAAUGUGGCCUUUUAGUAUUUCCAACAUGGCCUCUUCUCCUUUGUGCUCACCUGCCGCAUUUAUUUCAUAUUUAAUGAAUAUACUAUACAUGCAUUGUGUCUAUGUGAGUACUGUAUUAUACUGUACAUGCAUUGUGUCUAUGUGAGCACUGUAUUAUACUGUACAUGCAUUGUGUCUAUGUGAGUACUGUAUUAUACUGUACAUGCAUUGUGUCUAUGUGAGUACUGUAUUAUACUGUACAUGCAUUGUGUCUAUGUGAGUACUGUAUUAUACUGUACAUGCAUUGUGUCUAUGUGAGUACUGUAUUAUACUGUACAUGCAUUGUGUCUAUGUGAGUACUGUAUUAUACUGUACAUGUGUUUUGUAGUAGUAGUCCUGAUGUGUGAUCUGAUGAGUGUCUGCAUUUCUGCUAAACUGAAUAGAUCCUCUUUUCCUAGCCUUAAUAAGAAUAAUACAAGUGUGAUGUCAAAUAGCCAAUAACCUAAGUUGUGUUUUUAUACCCAGACCCUUACAUUUAGCUUUACCCAAACAAUAAACCCUUCCCUCAUUUCCAGCAGAUUGACAUUUCUUGUUUUGAAUCUUGCCCUGGAGGCAGAACUGAGUGGUUUCUGCUAGAUAGGCCAGCUGCAAAGUCAAAAUGGUCUAUGUUGUAGAAAUUUAUGAAAACAAACAUGUGCUUUUUGGUCUUAAUUUAAGGUUAGGGUUAGGCAUUAGGCUUAGCAAUGUGGUUAAGGUUAGGGUUAAGGUAAGUUUAAAAUCAGAUUUUAUGAAUUUGUGGCUGUGCCACCUAGUGAUCACUCUGCAGAGCUGCCUCCAGUACAUGAUUUAUGUCAAUAAAUACCAACCUGCUCAUUUCCACUUCUCAAGAGAAAUGAAAACAUAUAAUUCACAAAUUAAACACAGCCAAGAUAUGAUAUGUUAUGACCGAUGGAUACUGAAGCCAUGAUAGAUAGUCUGUCUGACUGGAUAAACAGCAAUAUUCUAUGAAACAGACAAAACAUCCAUAUUUCAUAUACCUGCUCCAGUAUAUGGGUUCCCUUUUAUAAGAAACUAGUGCACCUUUUCCACAUCCCUGACCAGCUUAGGGAUCAUGUUAUUAUUGUCACUCCAUCCUUGGCUGAAGCAAAUUGUCCUUUACAUUGAGAAUGUCCUGUAAAUCCCAGUAAAGAUAAUCUCUUCUAUAUAUUAAGUUAAUAGUUACAUUGAUCCUUUAGCUACAAAUUACCUAGAAACAGAAUAGUAAAAAUAUAUAAUUGUGCCAAAAAACUGGCUGUAGUUUGUUUUGCACCGUCUAGAGUUUCUGCAUAGAAAAAUGAAGAUUCAGAAAAGUUGCAUGAAGACAUUGAAUUAUCUAUAUUUCUAUCUAUAAAGGUGUAUAUUGUCUAUGUUUAAGUGCAUCCUCAUAGCUUUGUCUGUGGGGUGCAAUGGGCCAACAAGUGCAAUAUUCUAUGAAUGAUUUCCUGUACAUAGUACUCCUAGUAGUUAUACCUGCAGUAGAGUGACUGUUCCAAUGUUCUUGUUGUACUGUAUGGCACUGCAAGCAUCACACACACUAAAUAUGUGCUUUAUCUGGGAUUCGCUGUGAGGUGACGUUGUGUGUGUGUGUGUGUGUGUGUGUGUGUGUGUGUGUGUGUGUGUGUGUGUGUGUGUGUGUGUGUGUGUGUGUGUGUGUGUGUGUGUGUGUGUGUGUGUGUGUGUGUGUGUGCACGCGCGUGUGUGUGUGUUACUUAUUGUACGUGUUGACCUUUUCUACUGAUGUAUUCAUGUACUACUUACUAUAUACUGUUCUUGUUAGCUAACUGUUGGUGAACUCGUACUAUACGUCAAGAUGCAGUGUUGUGAAAGAUAGUCAGGGAAAUUAGUGUAUGCCAUAUGCCGUACUGAUAUUAAGUCUAUGUGAUAAGAAAGGGAAAUAUCUCAACUCAAACAUGAUGUCUGUGUGAGACAUUAUUAUUUACCUGUACAUCAAUAAUAGGCAUUAUCCUGCUGAGUUUGAGACCACUGACGUCGCUCCAUUCAAAUCCCGUCAUCUACUUCUUCAUCUGUGAUCAUGUACAGUAUAUUCAUGACUGCCACUGGCCGGUGAAAAGCCACUUCAACAUGUCAUUACUGAUAAAGGCUUAAGAUGAUAAUAAUGAAUAACAAUAAUAAUCAUAAUUAUUAUUCAUUGUACUUAUGAAGUGCUUUUAAAAAACUUGAAGAGGCUUUACAUGAAACUAUAGUACACUCACGCUCUGGUCACCUCAUUAAAGUGUGGACUGAUAUUAAACUGGAUAUAUUAUUUGUACCUUUAAGUGCAAGCAAUGUACAAACUAUGUUUUUGAGAUGAUAGGAAAUAAACAAAUUGUACUCAU